AUGAGUGAAGACUCCAGUAUCGAAAGGCGAAUCUUCACAGAAUUGGCAGCAUGGAACAGAAGCCACCCUGCUCCAACUCAACCACCAAAUGAAAUGGCUGACCACCCCUAUCACCGCUCUGCUGAAGCGGCGCUCUCAAGACUGGCCGAUUUCAGGACACAGAAUCCUCUUCGUUUCAUGACCGCUCCAGCAGUCCCCUCGCUAUCUCCUGGCCUACCUUCUCCGUUGGUGUCGCCAAUCACAUCUAUACCGCAGCAGUCGUGGCCAACACCAAAUAUGCCCCAGUUUCACCCUUCGCGCAUGAACAUCCCACCAACGGCGUAUGCUCCAGCAUACGCUUCCGCCCAUCAAAUAUCGCAAGCGAGCCACAUGCCGCCCCUUGCUACACAGCCGCUCUCUCUGCGACCACCCGAGCCGCAAGCGUACGAACCACUGGUACAUCCCGAACCGCUCGUGUAUUUGACUUACAACAUGGUCUACGAUCGAGUUUAUUUGGUUCUUCGGGAUAACCUGACCGAGUGGUGGACAAGGAAUCCAGAUGCGCUACAGAAUGUAUCCCAACGUCUGGCUGGUCAAAUCAGAUUUAGCGGUCAAAGGGGUAUGUUCGGACCAGAUGGCAUCCACUCACUCAACCGAAUCAACAUGUUUAUUGGACGAGAGGGUAUCUACCGCUACCUUUGUCUCGCCGUGCUUCCAAACCACGGUGAAUUGUCGAUCCUCCUCAAGGGCGACCUUUGCGAAAAGGACGGAAACGAUCCCAUGUACGAUGAGGAGUUGCUGGCAAUGUGUAAAGAGGGCUUUGAUAGGGGCGCUGUGAGGCUGCAUGCAAACAUCGUCGUGCAGGAUGAAGUACGACACGUCAAGUGUGACGAGACCAAGCCGACAUGCCUCAAGUGUACGAGUACCGGCCGCAAGUGCGAGGGCUAUAAAUCAAGCGGCGGUGCCUUCCAAGUCCACAUUUGGAGUCACAGCCAGGCAUCCGGUCCGCAAAACGCGAUAUCCACCUUAGGCAACCUUGGGGAUAGCGCACGCUUCCUAGAGUUCUAUUACCACUGCGCCCGCCCUGCGCUGUCGACUAGUUUCGACAAGGAAUUCUGGUCGCGCAUCGCAAUUCAGAUGGCGCAUUCGGAGCCUGCUGUGCGUCAUGCAUUGGUGGCUCUGGGUGCUCUCUGCCAAGCUGAGCCAGGUGAUAUGAAGCAUGCAUGCUCGGGAUUAAUUACAAAUCGCGAUCGUAAGGUCAUGCUGUCACACUACAAUCUAGCUAUCAGAUGCUUAGUCGAUCGCAUGAGGGAGACCACUUACUCGCACGAGCUUGGCCUUGUCAUUUGUCUUCUAUUCGUUUGCAUCGAAUUUCUCCAAGGCAACUAUCACGCCGGCCUUACCCAUUUGAACAACGGCUUUAGAUUGAUAGCCGCGCGCCGACGGGGACUAGCAGGGUACCAGAAUCAUUCAGCAGGCAUUGCUUCACCUAGCGGCUCGAGAUCUUCACAGAGUGCGAUCGAAGAGACAGUUGUCCCAAUCUUCACCCGCGGCAUGGCGCAAGAUCUGUUGUAUGGAUUCAAGGCUAUACAUGACUUGGAAGUACCAAGUCCAACACCAGCGAUGUACAGUCGUACACAAUUCCAAAGCUUUUCAGAAGUGCAAAGAGUCUACUUCGAGCUCCGCAACGCGACUAUCGUCCAUCUGUAUAUGAUGGGUCGCAAAGCCAUCUUUCGACAAGAGCCUAGCAACGACGCUUAUGAUGAAAGAGACAAUCUUGUGGCAUGUCAUCGUAUCUGGUAUGAGAAUAUGCGGCGCUUUGAACUCCACCACAAGCUCUCCGAUGAAGAGAGCAUUGCUGCUAGCGCACUCAGAGCCUCUUACUACACUACCCUUAUCUAUGUCUCAUGCUCAGCAAGCGUUAUAGAGAAAACUUAUGACGCUUACCUGGAUGACUUCAAAGAGAUAGUACGUAGCGCCCGGGAAGUCAUUGAUCUCACACCGCCGGCAAAAUCCAACACCGCUCAUUUUACACUCGAUAUUGCGAUUAUACCACAGCUGUUCUUUGUCGCAACCCGGUGUCGCUGUCCCACCACCCGGCGAGAAGCAGUAGCACUUCUAGAACGUAAUCCACCCCGCGAAGGUCUGUGGGAUGCGCAGCAACACGUCGUAGUGUCCAAACGAGCGAUUGAAUUGGAAGAAGCUGAAGUUGACCCACGUACCGGCUGGCCGGUCGAGGCGACGAGGCUAUGGAACUGUGUCCCGAAGGCCGGGAUGGACCACUUUGGUGGGUUUUGGGUGGCGUUCAUCCCAGCACGAUGGGUUGGGAUACUUAAUGCGGACGGGACUCAGAAAACCUUUCAGCUGCAAAUAAUGGCCUCCAGUCCCAUCCGACAAGCAUUCGAGAAGAUCCUAACAGACAAGAAGAAUCGCGGCCUUCCACCACUCGAGGCUGAAGAUUAUGAUCAGUUCCUCGCCGCCGUCUCGUCGCUCCUCGCAAACCCAGCCUUCAUCGACGAACAUAGCUGGCAGACGCAGACACUCGAGCAUUCUAUCAGCCGCCCCACCUUCAAUGCGGUGAUCAAGGAAGAUUGCGAGACCAAGCUUGAUGUCCAACUCGAAGUGGGCGAGGAGCUCGAUUCCACUGGCAAGGUAGUUUUUGUGGGCAAUGUAGUCCGCAUCACUGUAGAUGGGACCGCUUGCCAGCAAACGAAACUGUUGUAUAAGACGCUGACCUCGUCUGCUACAUGUAUCCUUAUACGCAAAGGCGACCGCGAAGUCUUGGCAUCCAUGGACGAAAGAGCAGACAACAUCCUAAUUCAAGAUCGCCUCGACUAUAUCCGCAGAGCCCAGAACCUUCCAAUCUUGACGCCAGAGGAUCAUCGGAUUUAUCAGUCUUUCUGCAGGGACAUCAUCUAUCUUUUCGAUGUCGGAAGGGAACAUAUACCUGCUUACCCAUGGACACUCGAGGUCGGCGUCACUCCACUCCCCGCUGGAGCAGAUCUCCUCGCCCCAGUCGUUAGUCUGAAAGAAAGUGGGAGCUCGCGUAAGGAAGAUGCUGAGAGGCAGAAACAACAAGAUCCUAACAAACUUUACCCCAAGGGCUUUGAUGCAUCCAAGAAAGAGAGUGUGGAUCGCAUUGAUAUCAAGGUUCAGCCGCAGUGGUUCGACAACAAUGGAAAGACUAUACUAUUGGGACACGAUGCAUGGAUUCAGGUCGACAAUCUAAUUCUCCAAAAGGUUACGGUCACCUCAAAGCAAUCUCAGAAAGAUGCGAUGAGGAAGCUUUUUCGGGCGACAAAGGAUCUGACGUUUCGUCAUGAUGUGUUCUGGUACCAGCGGUGGGCAGGCCACACGGACGCGGCCACGGAUCGAAGCAAAAUUCUAAGUUCCAUGGAGAAGAAACAAUUCAACGUCAAAUCCCUGUCGCCUCUCGAGGCACUCUUGAUGGGAAGAGUGACAAACUACGGGCUUCCUGUCCUGGCACUGAAGGAUCGCCAGAGGUUUGUUGAUGAUCUUGUCUACCUCCUCGAUACGAAGAGGAAGAAUAUACCGUUCUACCCUUGGAAAUGCGAUGAUAAAGUCGAGACAGCACGUAUUCCGUCAACUUUACCUGCUCCGGCCCAUCCACCAAGUUCGCCGACUUCCCUUACAUCUCUGGAUGCAUAUGGUAUCAGUCUACCUCACAACGCAUCUACAGAUGCCACCUAUCCGGCCGAUUUCGACCCAUCCGAGGAACAGAAUCGCGAUCGUAUAUUCGUAACUAUGGGACAGCAGGACGUUGGUGAGUCCUUCAGUGAUUUGGAAAAGGAGAUAUUCGCGGACAUGCCUUGGGGAUACGACCAUGUUGCUCGGCUCAAGGUUGAUGAGUACACACUCGUGAAAGGAGCGGCAGAGGAUUCUGAGGAAGAAGCAAUGAGCGAGCUGUUUAGACACGUAAAUCUCCUUGCUAACGAUUAUCGUCGGAUGGAAAAGGAAGCAAGCUAG